AGCCCCUCCCUCCUCCCCCCACCACCACCACAACUGGGUCGCUCGGGAGGCGCCGUAGCCCUACGCGCGGCGCGCGCGCGCCCGCCCCCGUGACGCUGGUUGCUAUAGCGACAGGCGGGCGCCGCAACGGCCGCGGCCGCUCCAACCGCCGCGGCGGCAUCCGGGGCCUUUCGCCGCGCCUCCGCGGCAGUCUGCGCCCGCGGAGCCGCCGGCCCUGGCCGCCGCAGAUGGCGGCAGAGGAGGAGGCCGACGUGGAGUGGGUGGUGGACAGCAUUGCUGGCUUCCUGCGGGGGCCGGCCUGGUCCAUCCCCAUCCUGGAGUUCAUGGAGCAGAAGUGCGAGGUUUUUGAUGAUGAAGAAGAAAGCAAGUUGUCUUACACAGAAAUUUAUCAGGAGUACCAAGCUUUGGUUGAAAAAUUACUAGAAGGCUAUCUUAAAGAAGUUGGAAUUAACGAAGAGAAAUUUCAAGAAGCUUUUUCGUCUCCUCUUGCAAAGACACACACUUCACAGGCCAUUUUGCAAACAGUGUUGGCAGCAGAAGAUUUCAGAUUAUUUAAAGAAAUGAUGGUACAGAAAAAUAUUGAAAUGCAAUUGCAAGCUAUUAGAAUCAUUAAAGAAAGAAAUGGUGUGUUGCCUGACUGUUUGACAGAUGGUUCUGAUGUAUUCAGUGAAAUUGAACAAGAAGAAAUGAAAAUCCUCAGGGAGGUUCUAAGGAAGUCUAAGGAAGAAUAUGAAAUAGAGCAAGAAAGGAAAAGGACUGAAGAGGCACAUGAUAAAUUUAAAUCGGCAGAUGUUACAUACAGCUUUCCAGGAGAUUCCAGAGAAGCUGUAAAAGUUAAGGAGUCCAUUGAGGGAGCUGAUGAUUUUGAAGGAACUCCACAAUUUUCAUUAGAGGAAUCACAGAAAUCUGCAAGGAGAGAUUUAAAAUCAGUGCACCCAUUACCAAAAGGAACAGAGAGCGUGUCUCAACCUUCAUGUACCAAAAUGAAAGAAGAGACCAAGAAAAGGGCAGCUGGAAAACAUUCAGCAAAUGCAGCACGAGAAGCUGGGAUCGAAGGAGUCAAUUUAUCAGAACUUGAAGAAUACAACCUGAGGCAACGAGAGGACUACUUAAAGAAAAAACGAGAUAUGCUGAUGGCUACGAAGAAGGAGUCAAGAAACAACAUACUGUCGCCAACAAGUACUGACCAGAAAGAUGAGGAAUUAUCUCCUAAAGAGGUGAAGGAUUCAAAAAUUUUAAUCAUCCUCACCGCUUUAUAAAAAGCACGUAUUAACUUCAGUGAAGAUACAAUGUCAGAAGAGAAACAAAGACUACUCCAGAAGAGGAAAAUGCUGGCAGAAAAACUAAAAGAAGAAGUUAUUAAUAAGCGGUAAUUUUAAGAAGCUUGCUCCUUGCAGAACUUAAGAACAUGAGUAGUUUCUUUUAGAAUAAAUUAUCUAACCAAUAAUUGGAUGGAUGUUUUAAAAUGUAUUACACUUAAUUCUUUUUAGAGCUUUCACACAAGUAACUCAGUUCUUUGAAUAUAAAUAUUUGAAGUUACAUUGAAAUACACUAAAAACACAUGUACUUUCCAGAAUGCUGGAGACUUACUUUCACUGGAAUGUACUCAGAAGUGAGGCCAUUUAACAUCACCUCAGCAUACAAAUUUUGUGAACUACUGGCCUCAGCCAUAUUAAAGUAGAACAAAAUCAGAUACUGAUUAAAAUAAUUACUGUUAAAAAAUAAUUGUUAAAAUAAUACCUAUUAAUGUGAAUGAUUUUUUUCCAAAUAUAGAACUUUGUUCUUUUCCUUUUAUUAGAAUGUCAUUAUAAACAAAUUAUUUUCAGCUGUGAAAUGCAAUAAAGUAAUUUCACAAGAAAGUGAUACAAUAAUCAUCUUCCUUUUGAGAAACAAUAAAUGCAGCUUGAAGUCAGAAGACAAAACAUUUACACAGUAACUCAGUAUUAUCCUAUCUUAUGUACCUUUGGGGCAGUUUACCAGUGCCUUAGGCCUAAUCUUGCUAUGAAUGCAACUUUUAAAUAAAAGUAAUUGCUUUAGUUGAAGAGUAAAUACUAUAAAAAUCACAACAGCAGUUUAAAAGUUCCAAAGCCACUCUUUAAAAAAAAAAAAACUAAAACACAUAGAAACCUCAUUCACCAGUGUUUGGCUUAGACAUAAAAAGAAGAGCCUAUAAUUUGCACAACCUCAUUACACAUUUGACUGCAAUAGUAACUCAAAUAAAAAAAAAAAACAACCAAUUCAAGUUUCAUGUAACUUUUUAUUAAAAUAGCAUUUAUAACUGA